AUGAACCUCUCCGGCCGAGGAGAUACUCUUGGGGUACCAGUCUCGCGAGAGAACAGACAACAAGCGCUUAAGGAAACAAUGACCAAACAACAAAGACCACAGUGCGUUGCUGCGAAAUGCCUCUUUCCCACCCGCAGCGAUGGGCAACACCGGAUGGAGCAAUGGGCUAUCGUAGAAUUUCCCAGGUCUCGAAUUGAAGAAAGUAUGAGGUUCUGUCUGGCUACCAAACGGGAUCCACGGUAUUUCAUCACGCUGGCUUGGGCCCUUGUUCUCUGGAGGUUUGCAGAUACCGCGACGGUCCAGAUUGGCAUGAGCGAGAUGUCAGCGAGGGGAGAGGUGGGGCUUGUCAGAGCUGGAUUGAAGAGACGAAUGAAGCUACUUGCUGCAUCUAGCAUGGGGGUUGGCGCGAUCGAUGAGUUGCUCCAGGAAGAGGCGUGGACAAUCCAAGAAGCCCUGGAAACGCACUACGCUGACUUCAACACGGGCAUCGUGCUAUACGAAGGAUGCCCAAACAGAGAACUCGACACGGCCACGGUGCUCAAUCAGCUGUGCAAGACGGAUGAUGAGAUCUGCGACUUGAUGUUGAUAUCGGAAUUCGGUCCUGGCCAUCAGUGGCAAAAAUGCUUUCUGGCCCACAGAACAGCAGUCCUGUCUGCGGGUCAGGCUGCCCAUUUGAUGGCGUGCGUCAACGAGGCGAUGAAGCAGAUCCCGGAAAAUGGAACGCUUGCGCCCAAGCAGGUGCCGAUGUUUAGCAGCGAGCAGAUGGACCUGAUUGAGAAAUGGAAUAAGGCUCCAUUAGUGCAGCCUACUGAGAGGUUCAUGUGGAAAGUCAUCCACAAAAAAGCUGUGCAACAACCCGAACAUAUUGCAAUCAUCGCCCCGGAUGGUGUACUCAAUUACAAACAGCUAAAUGAAAUGUCCUCACAGCUUGCAGUCUAUCUACAGGAAUCUGGUGUGCGGCCGGGCGAGUUGAUACCCGUGUGCUUUGGCAAAGGCUUGUAUGCAAUCGUCGCGAUGCUGGCAAUCAACAAGGCUGGCGGGUGCUUUGUACCACUGGAUCCAUCGCAGCCUCAAAGCCGGCUGAAGGCAAUUACGCGCCAGCUGAGCUCCCCGUUGGGGCUUGUAUCGCCGCAGCAUCGACAGAAGCUGGUCGACCUCGGACUGCGCACCAUUGCCAUCUGGAGUUCAAUGUUUGCAGAGUUGCCCCGGGUCGAGACAGCAACGUUUUCAACAGAGGCAAAUGAAAAUGCACCCGCUUACUGCUUAUUUACCUCCGGAAGCACCGGCGAACCCAAGGGUUGCGUCGUGGACCACAAAGGCUUCGCCAGUAUCGAGACUCACUGCGGUGCGCUGCAUCUGCACCAUACAAAUCGGGUGCUGCAAUUUUCGUCAUUCAGUUUCGGAGUGGCAUUGAUUGAAAUCUGGUGUACGCUCUCCACGGGAGGGACACUAUGCGUUCCCUCUGACGCCGACAGAGUGAGUGGCCUGGGCAACGCGAUCAGGUCCAUGGGGGUGGACUGGUCCAUCAUGACGCCCACCGUACUGGCCACUCUGGUGCCGGAUAUGGUGCCGGAUUUGAAAACCAUCCUCGUAGCAGGGGAGCCAAUCCGGAAGGCCCAGAUUUCCCUUUGGGCAGAGCGUACUCGCCUGUUCCACGCUUAUGGGUUCACUGAAUGGGCGGGCAUUUGUUGCGUGUCUCCUCAGGUUAAGUCUAUCGGCGACAUCGGCAUCAUUGGAUCGCCAGCAAACGCUCGAUGCUGGCUGGUUGAGCAGGGUAAUCCAAGUCAACUCGCUCCUAUUGGGGCUGUGGCAGAAUUGGUCGUGGAAGGGCCGAGUCUGGCCCAAGGUUACCUUCAUAACGCUGAGAAGACGGCAGCCAGCUUCGUCCUGCCCCCAAAGUGGCAUGCGAAUCACGGCCGGGCAGACUGCAACGGCUUGUAUAUCCCGGGUGAUCUCGUCUACUAUGAUGGCAACGGGCUCCUUCGAUAUGUGGGUCGAAGAGACCGGCAGGUAAAGAUCCAUGGGCAGCGGAUAGAUCUGGCCGAGCCAGAGUAUCAUAUUGCGCAGACCUGCAGCGUUAUGCGCAGUGUCGUGGUGGAUGCCAUCCAUCCCGCCGAUGGUGACGGUACAGCCAUCUUGGUUGCGUUUGUGGCCCUUGCCCGCCGAGACGACUCACAGACCGGUCGUGAAACGGAAGGGCAGAAGUUGCUUGCGCUUCCUGAUGAAAACUUUACAUCCAAGGUUCGGGAAGUCAUGUUAGCAUUGGAAGACAAGCUGCCAGCCUACAUGAUCCCGAAACUGUUUCUGCAGCUCGACCAGAUGCCUCAGACAGUAUCAGGCAAGAUUGACCGAUACAGGCUCCAGAAAGCGGCCGGCAUGCUGCGACACAGCGAACUGAUGCUCUUGGCAGGUGUUAAGACCUGUACCAUCGCACCAACUACACCGAAGGAGGUGCUGAUGCAGCAGCUCGUGGUGGAAGUUUUGAAACUUUCACCAGAGAUGGUAGGUAUGGAGAACAGUUUCCUCUCGCUCGGAGGAGACUCUGUUAGCGCGAUGAGACUAGUGGGUCUAUUGCGAGGCGUUGGCUUGCGUGCCUCUGUGACUGAUAUAUUUCGCUCGCCACGGCUUGGUGAUCUAGCACGUCUGGUGGACGUAGUAGAUCCGGGGACAUCCCAACAGGUGCAGCCCUUCUCUCUAGUCCCCGGCAGGUCGCGACAUGGUCUUCUGUCAACUGCAGUGGGCACAUGCCGGGUUGGUGAAAGUCAGAUAGAGGAUAUAUAUCCUUGCACACCAUUGCAGGAAGGAAUGAUGAGCCUGUCGACUGUCAAAGCAGGGAGCUACAUUGCCCGGUUUGUCUUCCGCCUGCACGACGACGUUGAUGCUGCCCGGUUUCGAAGAGCGUGGGAAACAACGGUGCAGACUACUCCAAUCCUUCGUACGAGGAUUCUACCCGGGUCCGAAGGCCGGAUGUACCAGGUUGUCAUCCAAGAGGCAUUUCAGUGGGACACCGACGCCGAGAAUUGGACGCAAUAUUCCAAACAGUCCGAGAACCAGCAUAUGCUGCCAGGAGACCGUCUGACGCGCGCAGCUCUCGUUCGCGAAUCAAGAGGUUCAUCCACCACCGUUUUCGUCCUGAACAUGCACCAUUCGGUCUGUGACCGAUGGUCCGUGGGAUUGUUGAUGGAUCGCAUUGAGGCCGCCUAUACAGGGCAGCAAUUGACCACGAACACGAUGAAGCCUUUCUUGCAAUAUAUUUCAGAGCAUCCGGGAGCGGAUGAAUACUGGAAGUCCCAGUUCGUAGGCUUGCAGGCCGAUGUGUUUCGUGCCAUUUCAUCUCCAGAUUACAGGCCCAGGCCAGCCGCGAGUAUCGAGAUGCCAGUGACUAUAGAAGGUGGCAUUCCAGCAGGGCACACAGCAUCCAAUAUGAUCAAGCUGGCAUGGGCCCUGACCAUCAGCCACUACACAAGCUCCCUGGACGUCGUUUUUGGAGUCACGGUAUCAGGGCGCGCAGCGCCUGUGACGAAAAUCGAACGCAUGAUUGGCCCCGCCAUAGCUACGGUCCCUCUGCGGUUUCAGAUAAAUUCCAACUCGACGGUUCUCGAGGCAUUGAACGCGAUGCAAGCCCAGUCAUUAGAUAUGACUCCCUUUGAGCAAAUGGGCCUUCAGCAGAUUCGAAAGCUGAGCCGCGAGGCGGAGGAAGCCUGCAAUUUCCAGAGCCAGCUUGUUGUACAGCCGGACUGGAGCGAUGAGAACGGCAAGUUCCUGACGUUGCGCGAAGCCAACGCGGCUUCGGAGGGUGGCUUCGCGGCGUACGCACUGUCGAUGGUCUGUCAGUUGGUGGGAUCUACUCACGUCGAGAUGAGGGCAGAGUUUGACCCCAUGGUGAUCCCGGCUCCUAUAAUGAAAAUGAUUGUUAACCACUUUGGACACGUUAUCCAUAGCCUUCUCGUGCACCCCGACCAUCAGCUGGCCAAUAUUCCAGCGGUCAGCCCUCGGGAUAUGCAGCUGUUGCGCCGAUGGAGUGGUACAGUGCCUAGCGGUUGUAACCGAUGUGUGCAUGACGUUAUCCAGCUGAGGAUCAAAGAGUGCGCGGCUUCUACCGCGGUGUGGGCGUGGGAUGGCAAGUUGAGUUAUGCAGAACUAGACGCGCUCAGCAACCGCCUAGCCGGUCAUUUGGUUACCCAGGGGGUAGGUCCCGAGAACAUUGUGCCUAUCUGUCUGGAGAAGUCAUACUGGGCUACUGUUGCCAUGCUGGGGAUAUGUAAGGCUGGGGGUGCAUUUGUUCUACUAGAUCCAUCUUUGCCGGAGCAGAGAUUGCGAAGCAUGUGCCAACAGAUAAGCUCGGUUCUGAUCUUGACGUCGCCUGAAAAGCACGGCCUAGCCAAGAAGCUUGCGGCCCAUCCGAUUGUCCUGGGCCGGCAAGAGUCCCAGCACUGGCCUUAUAAUCCUGAUCGGCCAUUCCUGGGCCUUGUCAGGGCAAACAAUGCGCUAUACGUCAGCUUUACCUCGGGUUCCACGGGGACCCCCAAAGGGGUAGUGGUCGAGCAUCGAUCCUUUUGCUCAAGUGCCAUGGCGCUGAACAAAGUCACCGGCGUGAACUCGGAAUCUAGAAUGCUACAGUUUGCCGCCUAUUCGUUCGACGGCUCCAUAAUGGAGACGCUUAGUACCCUGAUGGCUGGCGGGUGUGUAUGUGUCCCCUCGGACUUUGAACGUCAGAAUGAGUUGGCGAAAGCUACAAUGAUGUUCAGCCUCACGCAUGCCCAUCUCACCCCCUCCGUGGCCCGACACCUGCUGGCCCAGAAUCCCGAUAUCACCCAGACCCUUGUUAGCGUAGGAGAGCCCAUGACCCCCUCCGACGUGUCCAACUGGGCGGGCAACGGGAAGUGCAAGGUAAUGAAUGGAUAUGGCCCUGCUGAGUGCGCAGUGUCAACCACAGUGCAAGCGGUUGUGACAUCGACCAGUGACCCGAAGAAUAUCGGGAUGCCGUUGGCGGCUGUUUGCUGGGUGGUGCAUCCCGAAGAUCAUGAGAUUCUCCUGCCGGUUGGUGCAGUAGGCGAGCUUCUUAUAGAAGGGCCCAGCGUCGCUCGCGGCUAUCUCAACGACCCAGGCAAGACUGCGGCUGCGUUCAUCCGGUCCCCAAGCUGGCUGCAGGACAUCCGACCUGGGCAGCCAGAGGGGCGACUGUACAAGACGGGGGACUUGGUACGCUACAAUGCGGACGGGUCAUUCCACUACGUUGGCCGCCGGGAUAAUCAGGUCAAGUUGCGUGGCCAGCGCAUUGAGCUAGCCGAAGUCGCAAAGCAUAUCUAUCACUGUUGGCCAAAGGCUAGAGAUGUGGCCGUUGAGAUGAUUAGCCUCCCCCCUGCCACCCAAACACUCGUGGCAUUUGUCGUCGCCAACGGGAACGGAGAGCAUGGAAAUGGUACUGGAGCUGUCUUGGCCGCACCGACUCAGGAGUUUACUAAACAGGUCGACAAGGCACAGACGACCCUACAGCACGCCAUUCCGGCAUUCAUGAUCCCAGAGGCAUUUCUCCCCCUGCUCAAUAUGCCCCUUAACGUCUCCGGCAAGACAGAUCGUCGCCAGUUGCGUACCAUAGCGAUGUCUUGCACAGAGGACCAGCUGGCCGCGUAUGGUGCUUUCAAGCGGAGUAAGAAACGAGGCCCAGCAUCCCCACCAGAGGAGGACAUGCGGGCGAUCUGGGCCACUGUUUUGAAUCUACCUAGAUCAGACAUUGGAGUGGACGACAGCUUCUACCAACUCGGCGGCGACUCAAUUAUGGCCAUGCAGGCAGUCGGCCAGGCACGGUCCAAGGGGUUUGCUGUCACAAUGGACAGGUUUCUACGCCUCAAGACGAUCGCCCAAAUCGUGCACGCGCUGGGUGAGGAAUCGAGAUCGCCGGCGGUUAUCCACAGGGCUGAAGAGGACGUGUGGCAGCCGCUCUCGCCAAUUCAACAGAUGUUCUUUGACCAGCAUGCCGAUGGCUGGGAUCAGUUCAGCCAGACUUUUGUGCUCCGUGUAUCGCAGUCCGUCACCAUGAGCCAACUAAAGCUUGCCAUUGCCCGCCUUGUGUCGAGACAUUCCAUGCUUCGCGCGCGCUUUGGUAAAGGGCAAGAGGGAAACUGGCACCAGGUCAUCACUUCUCACAGGGAUGAAUCCUACAGCUGCCAUUCCCAUGAAUUAGGCUCCCGGGCACAGAUGGACGAAGUGGUCUCCUCCAGCGCACGGUCACUCAGAAUAGAGACAGGCCCUCUCACUGCAGUGGACCUAAUGAACAUGAAGGACGGGUCCCAGCACAUCUCUAUAGCAAUCCAUCAUUUAGUGGUAGACCUUGUCUCCUGGCGUAUCCUACUUGCGGACCUCGAAGAAGUCCUCCAGGGGCAAAGUCUGUCGGCUAGCCACUCUCUUCCCUUCCUGGCAUGGUGCCACUUACAAAGGGAAUACAGCGCGCAGAACCUGUCUCCUCAGAAGGUCCUCCCUAGCCGUCUUCCUAAUGACUACUAUGACAAUCCGUCAGCUUUCUGGGGCAUUGAUGGACAACUCAAUUUCGUCCGUGAUAGUCAACACCAAGAGUUCACGCUCGAUGAGCAAACUACCAAGCUGCUUCUGGGGUCUGCCAAUGUAGCCUUUGCCACGGAACCAGUUGAGAUUUUGCAUUCUGCGCUGUUGUAUUCCUUCCUCAAAGUAUUCAGGAAUCGCUCGGCGCCGCUCAGCUUCAGUGAAGGUCAUGGAAGAGAGACUUGGGAUCCGGCCAUUGACCUGUCGCAGACAGUUGGCUGGUUUACCACCAUGUGGCCGGUUGUUGCUGAAUUGGAUCAUACCAUCAGUUUCCUGGAAGUGGUGCGCCGUAUCAAAGACGCCCGUCGCGCAGUGCCUUCCAAUGGAUGGGCCUAUUUUGGGUCUCGAUAUCUGCACCCCGAAGGCCGACAAGUGUUCCAGCAAUCCCACCCCGUUGAAUUGGUUUUUAACUAUGCAGGCCAGUACCAGCAAUUCGAAAAGCCGGGCUCUUUAUUUGUUCCAGAAAUAGCGGAAUAUCAAGGAUCACUACAUGCGGGGAACGGUAUCCGGCGGUUUGGCAUCUUCGAGGUGUUUGCCAGCGUGCUGCGUGGCCGCUUGCAAUUUCGAUUCAUGUAUAAUCGAUUUAUGAACCAUUCGAAGGAGAUCCAAAUGUGGAUCGAGGUGUGCCGUCGAACGCUCAUCGAGGAAUGUAAGGAGCUGACAACAGUCAAGCCCAGUCGUACAUUGUCAGACUUUCCCCUACUACAGUUGACGUACCCCAGCCUGGAACAACUUCUCGGCGCCACGCUGCCUCGCAUGGGCGUGUCUAUCGAUAACAUCGAGGACAUCUACCCCUCCUCGCCCAGCCAGCGCGGCAUGCUCAUCGCACAGGCCAAAGCCUCACACAACUACUGUGCGAGUGUGACCUGGAUACUGCGAUCAUGCACCGACCUCAGGCCAGACGUCGGACGCCUCGAGGCCGCAUGGCAUGAGGUGGUCAGACGACACCCGAUGCUACGCACUGUUUUUGUGGACAGUGCCUGCCCAGAGUCGUACAUGGACCAGGUCGUGUUGCGGAGUGUUUCACCCGAGCUCGAGCUCAGCAAGUCCUCUGGAUCUUGGGAGUCGGAAUCGGCAUUGGGCAAAACGAAUUGGCUCAAAGGCCAGUGUCAGCAUACAAUGCGGCUCCUGCAAAGGAGCAGCGGGGAGAUCCUCUGCCGUCUUGACCUGAGCCAUGCCAUCAUGGACAGGACCACACUUAGCAUACUUCAAAACGAUCUGUCAUUAGCAUACGACGGGUGUCUUCCGCCGAGCCCAGCACCACUGUACAGCGAUUACAUCUCUUACAUCUACAGGCAAGACUCUGAUAGUGCAGCAGAAUACUGGCAAGCUUAUCUCCAAGAUGUUGAGCCAUGUGAAUUUCCAAGCCUGCACCACGCAAAUCUACCCACCGCUACUGAAUGGGGUAACAUGUACAGCACAUUCCAAGGCAGAGCCAGGCUGGACGAGUUUUGUCGCACAUACAAUGUCACCACAUGGAAUGUGGGGGGUGUCGCGUGGGCAAUGGUGCUUCAAAGCUUCACCGGGGCUGAUAGUGUGUGUUUUGGCUAUGUAAAGUCCGGGCGUGAUCUCCCAAUUGAUGGCAUCGCUGAUACCGCUGGGCCUGUCUUUAAUCCUCUCCCAUGUCGGGUGCAUUUGAGCGAAGCUUUGACGGUCAAAGAGGCAGUUGGGAAGCUCAAUGAAACAUAUUUGCAGAGUCUGCCUCAUCAGUGGUAUCCAUUAUCUGAUAUUCAUCGCCUGGCAGGAGUCACAAACGGCGCUCUCUUCAACACGUCAGUGGCGGUGCAGGCGGAGGCAUCACCGCGAGCCGAUGUCAAGAGAGGCCUAGAGUUUACCAUAAUGGCCAUGGAAGACGGCACAGAGGACGAUAUAGUAAUCACUCUUACCCCAGGCGACCAAGUAAUUGAGCUACACCUGCGGUACAAAUCACCUACACUGUCGACAGAACAAUCAAUGACGGUGCUUGCCACAUUCGAAAGGGCGAUGCGCGCCAUAAUAGAGAACGCUGAAUCUCCCGUGGCAUCCAUUGACAUAUUAAGUGAUCACGAUAAGGCGAUCGUUUGGUCCCGUAAUAGGAUAGUCCCUAGUCCGGUUUCCGCGUGCGUGCAUGAGCUCAUCCAGAGACAUGCUGUCCUGCACCCAGAAGCUCCUGCGGUGAACGCAUGGGACGGCGCGUUUACAUAUGGAGAAUUGGAUGACUUGUCCUCACGGGUUGCUGUCCAGCUAUCCGCCCAAGGCGUUGGCCCCAAUGUUGUUGUUCCACUUUGUUUCGAAAAGACAAAGUGGACACCAAUUGCCAUCAUGGCCGUGUUGAAGGCCGGCGGCGCAUUUCUGCUUCUCGAUACUUCGUGGCCACUGCGGCGCCUCAAGGAAAUUUGCGUCGAGGUCGAUUGUCAAUUGGUAGUUUCGUCCACGGCGAAUGAGGCCAUGAGCAGGCAGCUCGCCCCGGCAGUGGUGACCAUUGGCGAGGGAUGUCAUCAGCGGUGUGUGGACGACAAGUCUCGGGGCAUUACCAGACCCAAGGCCCAGCCAGCUGAUGCUCUGUAUGUGGUGUUCACCUCUGGAUCUACCGGGAAGCCGAAAGGAAUCGUCAUUGAGCAUCGGUCCUACUGCGCCGGUGCCCUUGAUCAUAUCCGAGCGUACAACCUUACCCCUCAGUCUCGAGUCCUGCAGUUUUCAUCAUACGCUUUCGAUAUCAGUAUCGUGGAGCAGCUGAGCGUGCUUCUCGCGGGGGGCUGUGUCUGCGUGAUGUCGGACUCACAGCGGAGGGAUAAUCUGGCCCAAGCCGUCUCUGCCCUGCAGGCCAACCACGCUAUGCUCAUUCCCUCCGUGGCUCGCUUGUAUCGCCAUGAGGAUCUAUGUACCAUUAAGAACCUUUCCCUGGCUGGCGAAUGCAUGCAGGAGACGGACGUCGCCUACUGGGCAGAGCAUGUGCAUCUGAUGAAUGGGUACGGCCCGGCCGAAUGCUCUGGCUUAUCCCUCGUCCAGCCCUGCGUUCUACCGAACUCUGACCCACAGAAUAUUGGCCAUCCUGUCGGAUGUGUUGCUUGGGUGGUAGACCCGCGAGACCAUAAUAAAUUGGUUCCGGUAGGCGCCGUCGGUGAAUUGCUUAUUGAAGGCCCCAUUGUAGCGCGGGGGUACAUCAACAAUCCUAAACAAACCGCUGAAGCCUUUAUCAAUCCCCCGCCUUGGCUACAUGGCCUUCGAGCCAAGUGUAAUUCUCGUUUAUAUAAAACUGGGGAUUUGGUACGGGCGAACGCAGACGGUUCUCUCAGCAUCCUUGGGCGCAAGGAUCGGCAGGUAAAACUGCGAGGCCAAAGGUUAGAGCUUGGAGAAGUGGAAACUAAUAUCCAGCAUUCUUUUGUUGGCGCCUGGGAUGUGGUGGCAGAGGUGAUAACGCCGGCUGGGAGCAGCAAGCCAUACUUGGUCGCCAUGAUACUACUCCGCGGUGAUAGAGCAGACCACAGCAAUGCCAAAUCCAGUGGCAAGCUGCUCGUAGAACCAUCAAUGAAAUUUGCCCAAGAUGCCACAGAAGCAGAGGAAAAGCUCCGUCAGACAGUGCCGAACUUCAUGGUGCCGUCCAUUUUCCUACCGCUCACUCGAAUUCCUCGAACUCAUUCAGACAAGGUUGAUCGGAACCGUCUUCGGGACGUCCUGGCUUCCAUGUCUCUCGGAGAGCUGCAGGCGUAUACAGUGCCGGUGGGUGUGGCUCACAAGCCUACACAAGUACCAUCGACCGAAGAAGAGUUGAAGCUCGCGGAGAUCUGGGCUACUAUACUCAAGGUUCCAGUAGAGAGUAUCAGUGCCGGUGAUAAUUUCCUGCUACGAGGUGGUGACUCUAUCGAUGCCAUGAGAGCGGCGGCCUCAUGUCGCGCGGCUGGCAUGACUGUCAGCGUUGCAGAUAUAUUCGCCCAUCCCAUCCUGUCAGACCUGGCCAAGGUAUUGGUCCCCCAAUCUCCCGAGGACUCUCUGGCGUUGCAUCAACCAUUCUCAUUGAGUCUGAUGAAGGAUCCCGAGGACUUGUACGCCGCUUCGAUCCAACAAGGGGUCAUCCCAUCUAAAUCCGCACUUAUAGACCUCCUACCGGCCACCCAGGCCCAGAGUUUCUUCGUUGAUCGUGGCACAUUCCACUCCUACAACUUCUCCAUCAGAGGACAUGUUGACCAGAGUCGGUUGCGAGAAGCCUGCAAAACGAUUAUGGCUCGGCACAGUAUCCUGCGCACAAAGUUCCUUUAUUAUGAAGGGCAGCUGAUGCAAAUGGUCCUCGGGGAUCUUGACCCCCCUUUCACUACAUUAACCACCAACAAGGAUCCGCUGAAGCUGUGCGAGGCCCUCUGGAAGGUUGGCCUGGCGUCACUGAAUGUCGUGGGACCACUUCCCGCCCGGUUUACUCUUGUGUCCCGCUCAGCGGAGGACCAUGUUUUUACGAUUCGAAUCUCGCAUGCUCAAUGGGACGGCGUAUCUGUUCCGCACCUGUUUGGCGAUAUUGCCGCUGUAUACAACCAGAGACAGCUGCCCCCAACCACAGACUUUUCGGAUUAUGUUUAUUAUCGUGCCUCAAAAGAUAAGACCCCGGCGUUCCAAUUCUGGACACAAUACCUGGAACACUCAACGAUGCCCACUCCGUUCCCUCCGGCAAUCGGCCGGCAAGGUGAACACCAGACGCACUGGACUUUCUUAGGCAUCGAGACCCCUAAGCUACCAGCGGGUGUCACAAUGGCCUCACUCGUCAAGGCUGCAUGCGCCUUUUAUCUGUCCCAGCUGUUAUCCCAGAACGAUAUUGUCUUCGGGCACACGGUGAAUGGCCGGAACCUGGCGCUUAGCCAUGUCGAGACCUUGCUAGGAUGUUGCCUUAACUUCAUCCCGUUACGGGUCGUGCUCAACCCAUCGUGGACUGUCAUGGAUUUGCUCUCCCAUGUGCAGGCACAGUACACCAGAACCCUCCCUUACGAACACCUGGAGCUCUCAGAUAUUUUGGGAAGUGCCACCUCCUGGGGUGCCGACAUCCAACUCAGUUUUAUUGUUCAGCAUCAGAACAUUGAGCUCAGCCACAAUAUGCCUUUGGAUGGUCUACAAGUGCAGUACUCCAAAUUCGCGCAGUUCGAUCCGUUAAAGGAAGUUUGGGUCUUUUCUGAGCCUCACCCGGAUCGACUUGAGAUUCAGGUAUGCGCUAACACGGCAGUGUUAUCUGAAAAUAUGGCCACGUCUAUGUGCCAACGUCUCUGCGAUUUGAUUGAGCGCUUCGCAGAGUCUCCAGGCUGCCAGCUGAGCAAUUUCAGCGUGGAGUAA